AUGACCAACAUCAAGUCUCUUAUCAGCCAGCACCGGCGCAAGAUACUGUUCAGCCUGCUGAUUCUGGCAGUGCUGUUUUACUCGUUGGGCACCGGGUUUGCGUUCUUCUAUCGGUUGCUGUUCACACUGGUGCUGCUGGUGGGGAUCGGUUACGGCUGGGCCUGGCUCAACCUGCGCGGCAUCGAGGUACGGCUGACGCGGCUGGGAACCCGCGGCAGGGUCGGGGACUACCUGGAAGGCCAGAUCCAGCUGAUCAACCGCACGCGAUUGCCCAAGUCGUGGCUGGAAGUGGUGGAGAACACCGACCUGGCCGAACCGGGCGGACGCACGGUAGCGAUGGUCAGGGGACAGGUGCGGUCCUUCCGCAUCGCCACGUACCUUUCGCGACGGGGCAUCUAUCGCACCGGGCAGGUGCGCGUCACCGCCCGCGAUCCCUUCGGACUGUUCCGCCUGAGCCGGAUGUUCCUCAACGAUCAAUCGUAUACGGUGCUGCCCAAGACCGUGCCGCUGCCCGACCUGGACCGCCGGUUCGCCAACCUUCCCAGCGACUCCGUCCUUUCGCGGCGCACGCCAGCCAUCACACCCGAGUCAUCCACGGUGCGGGACUACGCCCACGGCGACAGCCUGCGCCGCAUCCACUGGCCGUACACCGCGCGCAUGAACCGCCUGAUGGUCAAGGAGUUCGACAUCGGCGUGUCGGCGCAGGCGUGGGUGCUGCUGGACAUGGAGCGGCGGUCCCACCUGGGCGAACCACCGGACAACACCGAAGAGCUGGCCGUCACCGUUGCGGCCUCGCUGGUGCAGCACUGCGACGCAACGGCGGUUCCCGUGGGGCUGGCCGCCAAUUCCUCCGACCUCUGGAUGAUGAACCCGGACCGCAGACCGGCUCAGCUGGGCAUACUGAUGGAGACGCUGGCGGGCAUUCGCGCCGACGGCGUCCUGUCGCUGGAGCGGUUCAUCUACGACCUGCGCCCCCACCUUUCGGGCUUCAACACGCUGAUGGUCAUCACGGCCUCUCGCCGGCCGGAGUGGACCGCGGCGCUGGUCAGCCUGCGCCGGCAGGGGAUCAACGUGACGGUAUGUUACGUCGACCACACGUCGUUCACCGACGCCGACGGGGGAUCGAGCACCGGAACCACCGGCCAGGCCGUCGCCGACUACUUGGCCCAGCAUGACAUACCCAUCUACAUCGUGCGGCGCGACGGAGACAUCAACCAGGCCCUGUCGCGUCCGCUGGCCGCCGGCGGAGCGAGCGCAUUCGACGGCAGCGGCGCGCCGGCGGGUCCGGCGCCGGUCACGGAUCCCGGGCCGGUGGCCGUCCGGGUGGAAUAG